AUGUCAUUCUAUGUGUUUUAGUGUAUGGCGUCUCUCUUGUCUUUCCCUCCCGACCCACUUGUCGUCUUCUCGCUCCAUCUCUGCCCCUCUACAGCAGCAACAGCUCCAGGUCCAGCACCUUUCCCACGCAGCCCACGGCGGUCCUCCCCUCCUGCCCCCCCACCCCUCGGGGCUCCAGCCCCCUGGUGUGAUCCCAGGGUCUGGGCUGCUGGCCCUUGGAGCUCUGGGGAGCCAGGCUAACCUCCCUGUUAAAGAUGAGAAGAACCAACACGACCUGGAACACAGAGGUGAUGAAAGGACUCCUGCUAUUGGCCUUUACUACACCUUUAUUAGGAGUGAUUGAGGUAGAUGUGUUUGGUGUGAUAGUAUCUACAUGCAGCAGUGUGAAGAAUAGUAGCCUAAAUUACAUCAUAAAAAGGUGUGAAAGAAAGUAGCCAAAAGUGAAUCAUUUCACGUUUGAGAAGUGGAAUCCGCCCUAUGUUGAAAACGAAAUCCCCCCCGUUUUGGAACGGUUAUUCGAAUAUCCGAACGGACGUUAAUAUUCGAUUACUUGGGAGAGUAUUCAUUUUUGUAAAUUUAAUUUUUAAAAAUGAUCUAUGUGACAUUGCUACAUAGCCUACCAUUUACAUUCUGCAUUUUAAUAAAACAACUGUUUUCUGACAGUUUUUAUGAGCCUGCCCCAUUAAAAAAGACACUACGGUAGCCUACACACUUGUGUAGCAAGUAAAGUGGGAGAUUUCUAAUCUAUGCAAAAUGGAGUUACAUUUACAGAAUUAAGUUGGCUAAAUGAGAAGGAGUAUUUGUAUUUAUUAUGGAUCCCCAAGCUGCUCUUCCUGGGGUCCAGUGAAAUUAAGGCAGUCAUACAUUUUAAAAACAUUUACAAUACAUUCAUAACAGAUUUCACAACAUAUUAAGUGUGUGCCCUCAGGCCACUACCACAUCUCUAUAACACAAAAUCCAUGUGUACAUGUGUGUAUAGUGUGUAUGUUAUCGUGUGUUUAUGUUUGUAUUGCUUCACAGUCCCCGCUGUUCCAUAAGGUGUAUUUUUAUCUGUUUUUUAAAUCUAAUUUUACUGCUGGCAUCAGUUACUUGAUGUGGAAUAGAGUUCCAUGUAGUCAUGGCUCUAUGUAGUACUGUGCACCUCCCAUAGUCUGUUCUGGACUUGGGGACUGUGAAGAGACCUCUGGUGGCAUGUCUUGUGGGGUAUGCAUGGGUGUCCGAGCUGUGUGCCAGUAGUUCAAACAGACAGCUCGGAGCAUUCAACAUGUUAAUACCUCUCACAAAUACAAGUAGUGAUGAAGUCAAUCGUCUCCACCACUUUGAGCCAGGAGAGAUUGACAUGCAUAUUAUUAAUGUUAGCUCUCUAUGUACAUCCAAGGGCCAGCCGUGCUGCCCUGUUCUGAGCCAAUUGCAAUUUUCCUAAGUCCCUCUUUGUGGCACCUGACCACACGACUGAACAGUAGUCCAGGUGCGACAAAACUAGGGCCUGUAGGACCUGCCUUGUUGAUAGUGCUGUUAAGAAGGUAGAGCAGCACUUUAUUAUGGACAGACUUCUCCCCAUCCUAGCUACUGUUGUAUCAAUAUGUUUUGACCAUGACAGUUUACAAUCCAGGGUUACUCCAAGCAAUUUAGUCACCUCAACUUGCUCAAUUUCCACAUUAUUCAUUACAAGAUUUAGUUGAGGUUUAGGGUUUAAUAAAUGGUUUGGCUUUACUCAAAGCCAGUGGCAUGUCGUUAGUAAAGAUUGAAAAAAGUAAGGGGCCUAGACAGCUGCCCUGGGGAAUUCCUGAUUCUACCUGGAUUAUGUUGGAGAGGCUUCCAUUAAAGAACACCCUCUGUGUUCUGUUAGACAGGUAACUCUUUAUCCACAAUAUAGCAGGGGGUGUAAAGCCAUAACACAUAGGUUUUUCCAGCAACAGACUAUGAUCGAUAAUGUCAAAAGUGGUUAUCCCACUGGCUAUAAGGUGAAUGCACCAAUUUGUAAGUCGCUCUGGAUAAGAGCGUCUGCUAAAUGACGUAAAUGUAAAUGUAAAAGCUGCACUGAAGUCUAACAAAACAACCCCCACAAUCUUUUUAUCAUCAAUUUCUCUUAGCCAAUCAUCAUGAGUGCUGUGCUUGUUGAAUGUCCUUCCUUAUAAGCAUGCUGAAAGUCUGUUGUCAAUUUGUUUACUGUAAAAUAGCAUUUUAUCUGGUCAAACACAAUAUUUUCCAGAAGUUUACUAAGGGUUGGUAACAAGCUGAUUGGUCGGCUAUUUGAGCCAGUAAAGGGGGGCUUUACUAUUCUUAGGUAGAGGAAUUACUUUAGCUUCCCUCCAGGCCUGAGGGCACACACUUUCUAGUAGGCUUAAAUUGAAGAUAUGGCAAAUAGGAGUGGCAAUAUCGUCCGCUAUUAUCCUCAGUAAUUUUCCAUCCAAGUUGACAGACCCCGGUGGCUUGUCAUUGUUGAUCGACAAUAAUAUAUUUUUCACCUCUUCCACAGUCACUUUACGGAAUUCAAAAUUACAAUGCUUGUCUUUCAGAAUUUGUUGCUGGCAUGUCAUGCCUAAAUGUGCUAAUCUUGCCAAUGAAAAAAUCAUUAAAGUAGUUGGCAAUAUCAGUGGGUUUUGUGAUGAAUGAGCCAUCUGAUUCAAUGAAUGAUGGAGCGGAAUUUGCCUUUUUGCCCAGAAUUUCAUUUAUGGUGCUCCAAAGCUUUUUACUAUCAUUCUUUAUGUCAUUUAUUUUUGUUUCAUAGUGUAGUUUCUUCUUCUUUUUAUUCAGUUUAGUCACAUGAUUUCUCAAUUUGCAACACGUUUGGCAAUCGGUUGUACAGCCAGACCUAUUUGCCAUCUCUUUUCAUAAAUCUGUCAAGUACAGCGUCUGUUUGCUCCUCAUUACACACCACGGACCAACAAAUAUUCUUCACAUCAACAACAUAGGAAUCACUACAAAACUUAUUGUAUGACCUCUUAAACACAAUAUUAGGCCCAGCCUUUGGAACUUUGGUUUUCCUAGAUAUGGCUACUAUAUUGUGAUCACUACAUCCGAUGGAUUUGGAUACUGCUUUCAAACACAUUUCUGCAGCAUUAGUAAAGAUAUGAUCAAUACAUGUUGAUGAUUUGAUUCCUGUACUGUUUGUAACUACCCUGGUAGGUUGAUUGAUAACCUGAUACGAUGAUCAACCAACAUGUUUAAAAUGAAUGUAGACGGGACGGGAAGCGCAGCAAAAUAGCCAACAAUUUUGUCUAACUAGCGCCAGUCGGUUUGGCUACUUUCACACACACCCGACCCCCUGCUCCUCUCUCCCCGCCUCCCGCACCCUUAGUGCAGCGCACCGGCAAUCUCUCUGGUCAUGCGAGCAAGUCUCCGUUGAAGUAAAACACGUAUUUCGACUAUCCGGGUAUCCAAAGAAAACAUCAUGAUAUUGUUUGAACAGUGAAAUCGUUUAAAACGCCCAUCCCUACCCCUAGGCCAGCUCGUUAAGAGGAGCACAGCCUUUUAUGACUUCUUCUACAUUCUCUUUGGGUAAUGAGCUGGUACAUUCUCAGGCUGCUGGAUGACUGGCUGGAACGGCUAUUCUGCAGCUUCAAUGAGUCACAAACUGAUAAGAGUUCUGCCCUGCGGUCAAAUCCUGUGUGCUGUUUUGUUUUGUUUUGUUCUGCUAACUGGCUUGUUUUUCUUUUCAUGUCAUCACCGAUUGAUUGUCAUCUCUCCUGCCGUCGUCAAUUCCUAUAAGCAGAGAACACGGUGAGUUUUGCCAAAUUCGAUCUCUUUGGUUUUUGCUGCAUGUACUAUAAGAUGUGUGUGCAUAGUAUUUACUCUUUUCCUUGAAUCUACACUGAACAAAAAAUAUAAACACAACAUGCAACAAUUUCAAAGAUUUUACUGAGUUACAGUUCAUUUAAGGAAAUCAGUCAAUUGAAAUAAAUAAAACGAAUCUAUGGAGUACAUGCAUCUGUUGGGCACACUUACCUUUAAGAAAAAGUAGGGGCGUGGAUCAGGAAACAGUCCGUAUCUGAAGUGACCACCAUUUGCCUCAUGGAGCGCAACACAUCUCCUUCGCAUAGAGUUAAUCAGGCUGUUGUGGCCAGUGGAAUGUUGUCCCACUCCUCUUCAAUGGCUGUGUGAAGUUGCUGGAUAUUGGCCGGAACUGGAGCAUGCUGUCGUACACGUCGAUUCAGAGCAUCCCAAAAAUGUUCAAUGGGUGACAUGUCUGGUGAGCAUGCAGGCCAAAGAAGAACUGGGACAUUUUCAGCUUUCCAGGAAUUGUGUACAGAUCCUUGUGACAUGGAGCCGUGCAUUAUGAUGCUGAAACAUGAGGUGAUGGCGGUGGAUGAAUUGUAUUUAUUUUAUUUUAUUUUACCUUUAUUUAACUAGGCAAGUCAGUUAAGAACAAAUUCUUAUUUACAAUGACGGCCUACACCCUUGCCAAACCCGGACGAUGCUGGGCCAAUUGUGCGCCGCCCUAUGGGACUCCCAAUCACGGCCGGUUGUGAUACAGCCUGGAAUCGAACCAGGGGGUCUGUAGUGACGCCUCAAGCACUGAGCAGUGCCUUACAUUUGACAUUUUAGUCAUUUUAGCAGAUGCUCUUAUACAGAGCGACUUACAGUUAGUGAGUGCAUACAACUCGGGUGAGAUAAAAAUAAUUUUGUUACGUUACAGCCUUAUGCUAAAAUGGAUUAAAGGAUGAGGGAAAAUGUUUAAUCUACACACAAUACCCCAUAAUGACGAAGCAAAAACAUUUUUUUCGACAUUUUAGCAAAUGUAUAAAAUAAAAUAAACACAGAAAAUCACAUUUACAUAAGUAUUCAGACCCUUUACUCAGUACUUUGUUGAAGCACCUUUGGCAGCGAUUACAGCCUUGAGUCUUCUUGGGUAUGACGCUACAAGCUUGGCACACCUGUAUUUGGGGGAGUUUCUCCCAUUCUUCUCUGCAGAGCCUCUCAAGCUCUGUCAGGUUGGAUGGGGAGCGUCGCUGCACAGCUAAUUUCAGGUCUCUCUAGAGAUGUUUGAUCGGGUUCAAGUCCGGGCUCUGGCUGGGCCACUCAAGGACAUUCAGAGACUUGUCCUGAAGCCACUCCUGCGUUGUCUUGGCUGUGUGCUUAGGGUCAUUGUCCUGUUGGAAGGUGAACCUUCGCCCCAGUCUGAGGUCCUGAGCACUCUGGAGCAGGUUUUCAUCAAGGAUCUCUCUGUACUUUGCUCAGUUCAUCUUUCCCUCAAUCUUGAUUAAUCUCCCAGUCCCUGAAAAACAUCCCCACAGCAUGAUGCUGCCACCACCAUGCUUCACCUUAGGGAUGGUAUUGGCCAGGUGAUGAGCGGUACCUGGUUUCCUCCAGACGUGACGCUUGGCAUUCAGGCCAAAGAGUUCAAUCUUGGUUUCAUCAGACCAGAGAAUCUUGUUUCUCAUGGUCUGAGAGUCUUUAGGUGCCUUUUGGCAAACUCCAAGCAGGCUGUCAUGUGCCUUUUACUGAGGAGUGGCUUCCGUCUGGCCACUCCACCAUACAGGCCUGAUUGGUGGAGUGCUGCAGAGAUGGUUGUCCUUCUGGAAGGUUCUCCCAUCUCCACAGAGGAACUCUAGAGCUCUGUCAGAGUGACCAUUGGGUUAUUGGUCACCUCCCUGACCACGGCCCUUCUCCCCCGAUUACUCAGUUUGGCCGGGAGGGCAGCUCUAGGAAGAGUCUUGGUGGUUCCAAACUUCUUCCUUUUAAGAAUGAUGGAGGCCACUGUGUUCUUGGGGACCUUCAAUGCUGCAGAAAUGUUUUGGUACCCUUCCCCAGAUCUGUGCCUCGACACAAUCCUGUCUCGGAGCUCUACGGACAAUUCCUUUGACCUCAUGGCUUGGUUUUUGCUCUGACAUGGACUGUCAACUGUGGGACCUUAUAUAGACAGGUGUGUGCCUUUCCAAAUCAUGUCAAAUCAUGUCCAAUCAAUUGAAUUUACCACAGGUGGACUCCAAGUUGUAAAAACAUCUUAAGGAUGAUCAAUGGGAACAGGAUGCACCUGAGCUCAAUUUGGAGUCUCAUAGCAAAGUGUCUGAAUACUUAUGUAAAUAAUGUAUUUCUGUUCAAUUAUGUAAAAACAUGUUUUUCUUUUCCAUACAUUUGCAAAAAUUAAAAUAAAAAAUGUUUGAUAAAAACCAUCUUCACUUUGGCAUUAUGGGUUAUUGUGUGUAGAUUGAUGAGGGGGAAAAAUAAUGUAAUCCUUUUUAGAAUAAGGCUGGAACAUAACAAGAUGUGGAAAAAGGGGUCUGAAUACUUUCCGAAUGCACUCUAUAAAACAAAAUAUGGGGGGGGGGGGAUCUGAUUUUCAUAGGACCCGCUUAGAGUUUUUUAUUAACCAUUAUUUAACCAGGUAUAUUGACAGAAAACAUGGCGCACUACUUUCUCUUGUACACUAAGGACCCGGGGAAGAGUUGCAGGGGAGAGGAGAAGAAUGGGCCUAUUGGAAAGCUAGGACAAAAUGAGUAUAAGUGUUUCCUUAUUUAAAGAAAAGGUUGGAGACCUGAUUGAAGCACAUUGUGACAUGUAUAACACAUCGGGCUUUAAAGGGAUAUAUAAAUACAAAAAUGACAUUUUUAGCAGCGGUGGUUGCCAAUUUAGCAGCAGUGACCCACCAAAUAGAUAAUAAUAUAGGGGGAUCAGAUCAAUCCUAUUACAAGUAGUCCAAGUCUUCUUUAAUUGUGAUGAAAUUACAGUCAGAUCUGCUGUCUGUGGCAGCAGCGUGAUAAAACCAGUCAUUUCCCUUCUGGGUUAAACCUAGGGAUUAUAAAUACAAAACCUUAUCUCUCGUUAAUCAUUUUAUAGAAAGCAGAUUAACGUGUCAAAGCGUGAACAGCAUGGGAUUAACGUAUUGUAAAGACAGAAUUCUCACUUGGAUGGCACAUUUUGUGUUAUGUGUGUGUGUGUGUGCAUGUCCUCCAGAAUAACGUCUCCCCGACCGACAGCUUGAGGACAGCCAGUGAGAAACACCACAGCUCCUCUGACUACAGUCUGGACUCUAAGAAACGCAAAGUGGACGACAAGGACGGUAUGAGCAGAUAUGUAAGUCCCCGCACACUGCACUCUGACCCUCAGCCCCAUAUUGACCCAUAACCCCCCCCCCCCCCCCCCCUAGGCACUAGAUCUGAGAGGGCAGAAUAGGUGUGCUCAGUAUGCCAACAAUUCCAGCUGGCCUAUCAGAGGGCAAGAUGGAGCUAUGACCACAUUGUUUACACCAAUCCAAUCCUCAGAUCUACAGUAGUGCCUAGGAGUAGUUUCUACGGUUGAUUAGAGAUAGGAGUAGUUGCUACGGUUGAUUAGAGAUUCAGGGCUAUAGACAGACGCAAUGGAUUGGAAUUAACGCAGUAUAACUGCUGGUUUAUAGAAAGGUAUUUUAUAUCAAUUUUGACUGUUUCUCCAAUGUUCCUCUCUGUAGGACAGUGAUGGGGAUAAGAGUGAUGACCUGGUUGUAGAUGUGUCCAAUGAGGUAAGCAACAUACAGGUGUAUUAGAACAGGUGAUCUACUCAGCUCAGUAGUCUGUACUAAUAGCAACAUACAGGUGUAUUAGUACAGGUGAUCUACUCAGCUCAGUAGUCUGUACUAAUAGCAACAUACAGGUGUAUUAGUACAGGUGAUCUACUCAGCUCAGUAGUCUAUACUAAUAGCAACAUACAGGUGUAUUAGUACAGGUGAUCUACUCAGCUCAGUAGUCUAUACUAAUAGCAACAUACAGGUGUAUUAGUACAGGUGAUGUACUCAGCUCAGUAGUCUGUACUAAUAGCAACAUACAGGUGUAUUAGUACAGGUGAUCUACUCAGCUCAGUAGUCUAUACUAAUAGCAACAUACAGGUGUAUUAGUACAGGUGAUCUACUCAGCUCAGUAGUCUGUACUAAUAGCAACAUACAGGUGUAUUAGUACAGGUGAUCUACUCAGCUCAGUAGUCUGUACUAAUAGCAACAUACAGGUGUAUUAGUACAGGUGAUCUACUCAGCUCAGUAGUCUAUACUAAUAGCAACAUACAGGUGUAUUAGUACAGGUGAUCUACUCAGCUCAGUAGUCUAUACUAAUAGCAACAUACAGGUGUAUUAGUACAGGUGAUCUACUCAGCUCAGUAGUCUAUACUAAUAGCAACAUACAGGUGUAUUAGUACAGGUGAUGUACUCAGCUCAGUAGUCUGUACUAAUAGCAACAUACAGGUGUAUUAGUACAGGUGAUCUACUCAGCUCAGUAGUCUAUACUAAUAGCAACAUACAGGUGUAUUAGUACAGGUGAUCUACUCAGCUCAGUAGUCUGUACUAAUAGCAACAUACAGGUGAUCUACUCAGCUCAGUAGUCUGUACUAAUAGCAACAUACAGGUGUAUCAGUACAGGUGAUCUACUCAGCUCAGUAGUCUGUACUAAUAGCAACAUACAGGUGUAUUAGUACAGGUGAUGUACUCAGCUCAGUAGUCUGUACUAAUAGCAACAUACAGGUGUAUUAGUACAGGUGAUCUACUCAGCUCAGUAGUCUAUACUAAUAGCAACAUACAGGUGUAUUAGUACAGGUGAUCUACUCAGCUCAGUAGUCUGUACUAAUAGCAACAUACAGGUGUAUUAGUACAGGUUAUCUACUCAGCUCAGUAGUCUAUACUAAUAGCAACAUACAGGUGUAUUAGUACAGGUGAUCUACUCAGCUCAGUAGUCUAUACUAAUAGCAACAUACAGGUGUAUUAGUACAGGUGAUCUACUCAGCUCAGUAGUCUGUACUAAUAGCAACAUACAGGUGUAUUAGUACAGGUGAUCUACUCAGCUCAGUAGUCUAUACUAAUAGCAACAUACAGGUGUAUCAGUACAGGUGAUCUACUCAGCUCAGUAGUCUGUACUAAUAGCAACAUACAGGUGUAUCAGUACAGGUGAUCUACUCAGCUCAGUAGUCUGUACUAACAGCAACAUACAGGUGUAUUAGUACAGGUGAUCUACUCAGCUCAGUAGUCUGUACUAACAGCAACAUACAGGUGUAUCAGUACAGGUGAUCUACUCAGCUCAGUAGUCUGUACUAAUAGCAACAUACAGGUGUAUUAGUACAGGUGAUCUACUCAGCUCAGUAGUCUGUACUAAUAGCAACAUACAGGUGAUCUACUCAGCUCAGUAGUCUGUACUAAUAGCAACAUACAGGUGAUCUACUCAGCUCAGUAGUCUGUACUAAUAGCAACAUACAGGUGUAUCAGUACAGGUGAUCUACUCAGCUCAGUAGUCUGUACUAAUAGCAAGAUACAGGUGUAUCAGUACAGGUGAUCUACUCAGCUCAGUAGUCUGUACUAACAGCAACAUACAGGUGUAUUAGUACAGGUGAUCUACUCAGCUCAGUAGUCUGUACUAAUAGCAACAUACAGGUGAUCUACUCAGCUCAGUAGUCUGUACUAAUUGCAACAUACAGGUGUAUCAGUACAGGUGAUCUACUCAGCUCAGUAGUCUGUACUAAUAGCAACAUACAGGUGAUCUACUCAGCUCAGUAGUCUAUACUAAUAGCAACAUACAGGUGAUCUACUCAGCUCAGUAGUCUAUACUAAUAGCAACAUACAGGUGAUCUACUCAACACUGUUUGCUUACUUUACUUUGUUUAUAGAUGUUUAGCCAGAUAAAGUCUCUGUAUCAAGGUACGUCUCUGACUGAAUACGUACAUGGAGACGGACUGUGUCCAGGCACAUCUCAGUGACUUAGUACAGAAAGGGGUGUGGUUUCUGGGGGUUAGGGGACGUGGUUUGUUCUGUAAGAGUGUCACCGUAUUUACUUAGCUGUGUGCUCAGAGUGAUUGUUUGUUUACUCCAGGACCCCGCCACCCCUCGGGGGGCUAGCCCCGCUCAUUCGCCCGAGGGGAACGGCAUCAGCAAGCCCCGCCCCCAGAAGGACACGCCCACCAGCCCCGCCUCUGUAGCUUCCUCCAGCAGCACGCUGUCCUCCAAGAACAAGGAGCACCAUGUAAGAACGCUGUGAGACGUGGAGCACGAGAGGGAAGGAAGGGGGGAUUCGGCAUGGAGACGGAGGGUCAGGGAGAGAAACGCAUUUACAAUCCCAAAGCAAAGGGAGUCCAAACUGAAUUUAAUCCAUCUAGUUGUGUCAACCCCCCAUAGUCCUUCCAGAGUGUAUACACUGCUAUUUAUUAAAACCCUAUUAGUUACAAUAGAGAUUAAGAUAGUCCUUCCAGAGUGAAUAAACUGCUAUUUAUUAAAACCCUAUUAGUUACAAUAGAGAUUAAGCCUUCUGUCCCUCACUCACUGCUUUGCUCUAAACGGCUUCCCAAAUGGAUCCCUAUUCCAUAUAUAGGGUACUAUGUUUGACCAGGGCCCACCGGGAAAAGUGUACCAUUUGGGAAGUCAUCUGUCUACAUGGCAGAAAUAUAUAAUUAUAAAAUGUUGGGUUAGUUAAAUCCAGUGAGCUGUUAGAGACAGAGAUUCUACAGCGACCAGAAGACAGAAGUCUAGCUACAGUAUUAUCAUAUUAUCUCUCUCUCUCUCUCUGGCUGACGUCCGGUCAUCUACUGAAAACACACAGACAGGACAGGGAGACCGACAGUUAUGCCUAAAUCCACUGAAGAGCGUCUGCAACGCAGUUGGCAGGCCCACAUUUGUUAAUCUCUAUCUCUCUUCCUCUCUCCGUCCCUCUCUCUCUCUCUCUCUCUUCCUGUGCAGAAUGACAAGUCAUCAAUGCCAGGCCUGAAGUCGACCACCCCCACCCCUCGUAGUGAUGCCCCCACCCCAGGCACCUCCACCACUCCUGGGCUACGACCCAUCAUGGGCAAACCCCCUGGCAUGGAGGCUCUGGGUUAGUACUGCACUCUCACUGGCAAUCUCUGGCUGCGUCCCAAAAACGGAACCCACUUCCCCAUGUAGCGCACUACUUUUAAUUAGGCCCCUUAGAUCUCUGGUCAAAAGUAUAUUACCAGAAUGCUAACAAAAUUAGCUAACUAAAUAUGAUAAAGAUCGCAAACAAAAAUAACUUAUUGCAAAGACAGGCAAUCCAGCUCAUUAAGUUCUAUAUACAGUGGGGAGAACAAGUAUUUGAUACACUGCCGAUUUUGCAGGUUUUCCUACUUACAAAGCAUGUAGAGGUCUGUAAUUUUUAUCAUAGGUACACUUCAACUGUGAGAGACGGAAUCUAAAACAAAAAUCCAGAAAAUCACAUUGUAUGAUUUUUAAGUAAUUAAUUUGCAUUUUAUUGCAUGACAUAAGUAUUUGAUCACCUACCAACCAUUAAGAAUUCCGGCUCUCACAGACCUGUUAGUUUUUCUUUAAGAAGCCCUCCUGUUCUCCACUCAUUACCUGUAUUAACUGCACCUGUUUGAACUUGUUACCUGUAUAAAAGACACCUGUCCACACACUCAAUCAAACUCCAACCUCUCCACAAUGGCCAAGACCAGAGAGCUGUGUAAGGACAUCAGGGAUAAAAUUGUAGACCUGCACAAGGCUGGGAUGGGCUACAGGACAAUAGGCAAGCAGCUUGGUGAGAAGGCAACAACUGUUGGCGCAAUUAUUAGAAAAUGGAAGAAGUUCAAGAUGACGGUCAAUCACCCUCGGUCUGGGGCUCCAUGCAAGAUCUCACCUUGUGGGGCAUCAAUGAUCAUGAGGAAGGUGAGGGAUCAGCCCAGAACUACACGGCAGGACCUGGUCAAUGACCUGAAGAGAGCUGGGACCACAGUCUCAAAGAAAACCAUUAGUAACACACUACGCCGUCAUGGAUUAAAAUCCUGCAGCGCAUGCAAGGUCCCCCUGCUCAAGCCAGCGCAUGUCCAGGCCCGUCUGAAGUUUGCCAAUGACCAUCUGGAUGAUCCAGAGGAGGAAUGGGAGAAGGUCAUGUGGUCUGAUGAGACAAAAAUAGAGCUUUUUGGUCAAAACUCCACUCGCCGUGUUUGGAGGAAGAAGAAGGAUGAGUACAACCCCAAGAACACCAUCCCAACCGUGAAGCAUGGAGGUGGAAACAUCAUUUUUUGGGAAUGCUUUUCUGCAAAGGGGACAGGACGACUGCACCGUAUUGAGGGGAGGAUGGAUGGGGCCAUGUAUCUCGAGAUCUUGGCCAACAACCUCCUUCCCUCAGUAAGAGCAUUGAAGAUGGGUCGUGGCUGGGUCUUCCAGCAUGACAACGACCCGAAACACACAGCCAGGGCAACUAAGGAGUCAAGGUCCUGGAGUGGCCUAGCCAGUCUCCAGACCUGAACCCAAUAGAAAAUCUUUGGAGGGAGCUGAAAGUCCGUAUUGCCCAGCGACAGCCCCGAAACCUGAAGGAUCUGGAGAAGGUCUGUAUGGAGGAGUGGGCCAAAAUCCCUGCUGCAGUGUGUGCAAACCUGGUCAAGACCUACAGGAAACAUAUGAUCUCUGUAAUUGCAAACAAAGGUUUCUGUACCAAAUAUUAAGUUCUGCUUUUCUGAUGUAUCAAAUACUUAUGUCAUGCAAUAAAAUGCAAAUUAAUUACUUAAAAAUCAUACAAUGUGAUUUUCUGGAUUUUUGUUUUAGAUUCAGUCUCUCACAGUUGAAGUGUACCUAUGAUAAAAAUUACAGACCUCUACAUGCUUUGUAAGUAGGAAAACCUGCAAAAUCGGCAGUGUAUCAAAUACUUGUUCUCCCCACUGUAUACACUACCAGUCAAAAGUUUUAGAACACCUACUCAUUCAAGAGUUUUUCUUUAUUUUUACUAUUUUCUACAUUGUAGAAUAAUAGUGAAGACAUCAAAACUAUGAAAUAACACAUAUGGAAUCAUGUAGUAACCAAAAAAAUUAUAAACAAUUCAAAAUAUAUUUUAUAUUUGAGAUUCUUAAAAUAGCCACCCUUUGCCUUGAUGACAGCUUUGCACACUCUUGGCAUUCUCUCAACCAGCUUCAUGAGGUAGUCACCUGGAAUACAUUUCAAUUAAUAGGUGUGCCUUCUUAAAAGUUAAUUUGUGGAAUUUUUUUCCUUCUUAAUGUGUUUGAGCCAAUCAGUUGUGUUGUGACAAGGUAGGGGGGGGUAUACAGAAGAUAGCCCUAUUUGGUAAAAGACCAAGUCCAUAUUAUGGCAAGAACAGCUCAAAUAAGCAAAGAGAAAUGACAGUCCAUCAUUACUUUAAGACAUGAAGGUUAGUCAAUACGGAAAAUGUCAAGAACUUUGAAAGUUUCUUCAAGUGCAGUCGCAAAAACCAUCAAGCGCUAUGAUGAAAAUGGCUCUCAUGAGGACCGCCACAUGAUGAUGUGGCGGUGAGUCGAACGGCAGAGUGAAGGAAAAGCAGCCAACAAGUGCUCAGCAUAUGUGGGAACUCCUUCAAGACUGUUGGAAAAGCAUUCCAUGUGAAGCUGGUUGAGAGAAUGCCAAGAGUGUGCAAAGCUGUCAUCAAGGCAAAGGGUGGCUAUAUAAAGAAUCUGUUUAACACUUUUUUGGCUACUACAAGAUUCCAUAUGUGUUAUUUCAUAGUUUUGAUGUCUUCACUAUUGUUCUACAAUGUGGAAAAUAGUAAUAAAUAAAGAAAAACCCUUGAAUGAGUAGGUGUUCUAAAACUUUUGACCAGUAGUGUACAGUUAGAAGCUACCGAAUGUCAUUUUGGUGAGUUUGGAUAUUUACAAGCGAAUGUGAACGAGAUACAUUUAGCAAAUGAACAAUGUUUUGACACAUGCUUGUCUGAAGGAAGAACUGUACAGGCUCUGGAGCUGCAUGUCUACACGCUGUGUCUGUGUGGAGUUUGAAGUCGCUAGGGCAACGGGCCUGCCUGCUCUGAGAAGAUGGGGGAGGAGCAGAUGGGCCGAAAAACGGAGAGCUGUACAGAUAACUCAUCUAUGGCGCUUUGACUUCUCAAACACGGCAGAAAGCUAACACCAUAUGAUGCCCCGUCACCUCAUUAAUUCAGCCACUUACUGAGAUAACUAGCAAGUUAAACCAAAGACACAGCUGGACUCAGCUGAUCCCUCUUUCUCCUGUUGUGUUAUUUACAAACAAACACAUGACUGGCUCAACUGUUCUGGGGAACUACGGUAAGCUUCAUAAUGUAUACUGAACAAAAAUAUAAACGCAACAUGCAACAAUUUCAACAAUUUUGCUGAGUUACAGUUCAUUUAAGGAAAUCAGUCAAUUGAAAUACUUUAAUUAGGCCCUAAUCUAUGGAUUUCACAUGACUGGGCUGGGGUGCAGCCAUGGGCCCACUCACCGGGGGGCCAGGCCCAGCCAAUCAGAAUGAGUUUUUCCCCACAAAAGGGCUUUAUUUCAGACAGAAAUACUCCUCAGUUUCAUCAGCUGUAAAAUAAUGUGACAGGUGAAAUGAAGAACUGGGUUUGCUUAAUCUCCUAAAGUAUUGCACAAGUUAAGUGCAGGUAUUUACUUAAAAAGUAGCUACAAAUAUAAAAAUGUAUUGAAAAACUUCAAAGAAAUACAGUGGGGGAAAAAAGUAUUUAGUCAGCCACCAAUUGUGCAAGUUUUCCCACUUAAAAAGAUGAGAGAGGCAUGUAAUUUUCAUCAUAGGUACACGUCAACUAUGACAGACAAAAUGAGAUUUUUUUUCUCCAGAAAAUCACAUUGUAGGAUUUUUUAUGAAUAUAUUUGCAAAUUAUGGUGGAAAAUAAGUAUUUGGUCAAUAACAAAAGUUUCUCAAUACUUUGUUAUAUACCCUUUGUUGGCAAUGACACAGGUCAAACAUUUUCUGUAAGUCUUCACAAGGUUUUCACACACUGUUGCUGGUAUUUUGGCCCAUUCCUCCAUGCAGAUCUCCUCUAGAGCAGUGAUGUUUUGGGGCUGUCGCUGGGCAACACGGACUUUCAACUCCCUCCAAAGAUUUUCUAUGGGGUUGAGAUCUGGAGACUGGCUAGGCCACUCCAGGACCUUGAAAUGCUUCUUACGAAGCCACUCCUUCGUUGCCCGGGCGGUGUGUUUGGGAUCAUUGUCAUGCUGAAAGACCCAGCCACGUUUCAUCUUCAAUGCCCUUGCUGAUGGAAGGAGGUUUUCACUCAAAAUCUCACGAUACAUGGCCCCAUUCAUUCUUUCCUUUACACGGAUCAGUCGUCCUGGUCCCUUUGCAGAAAAACAGCCCCAAAGAAUGAUGUUUCCAUCCCCAUGCUUCACAUUAGGUAUGGUGUUCUUUGGACAACUCAGCAUUCUUUGUCCUCCAAACACGACGAGUUGAGUUUUUACCAAAAAGUUAUAUUUUGGUUUCAUCUGACCAUAUGACAUUCUCCCCAAUCCUCUUCUGGAUCAUCCAAAUGCACUCUAGCAAACUUCAGACGGGCCUGGACAUGUACUGGCUUAAGCAGGGGGACACGUCUGGCACUGCAGGAUUUGAGUCCCUGGCGGCGUAGUGUGUUACUGAUGGUAGGCUUUGUUACUUUGGUCCCAGCUCUCUGCAGGUCAUUCACUAGGUCCCCCCGUGUGGUUCUGGGAUUUUUGCUCACCGUUCUUGUGAUCAUUUUGACCCCACGGGGUGAGAUCUUGCGUGGAGCCCCAGAUCGAGGGAGAUUAUCAGUGGUCUUGUAUGUCUUCCAUUUCCUAAUAAUUGCUCCCACAGUUGAUUUCUUCAAACCAAGCUGCUUACCUAUUGCAGAUUCAGUCUUCCCAGCCUGGUGCAGGUCUACAAUUUUGUUUCUGGUGUCCUUUGACAGCUCUUUGGUCUUGGCCAUAGUGGAGUUUGGAGUGUGACUGUUUGAGGUUGUGGACAGGUGUCUUUUAUACUGAUAACAAGUUCAAACAGGUGCCAUUAAUACAGGUAACGAGUGGAGGUCAGAGGAGCCUCUUAAAGAAGAAGUUACAGGUCUGUGAGAGCCAGAAAUCCUGCUUGUUUGUAGGUGACCAAAUACUUAUUUUCCACCAUAAUUUGCAAAUAAAUUCAUUAAAAAUCCUACAAUGUGAUUUUCUGGAUUUUUUUUCUCUCAAUUUGUCUGUCAUAGUUGACGUGCACCUAUGAUGAAAAUUACAGGCCUCUCUCAUCUUUUUAAGUGGGAGAACUUGCACAAUUGGUGGCUGACUAAAUACUUUUUUUCCCCACUGUAGUUUCAAUGGUAUUGAAAAACCAUCCUGUGGCUAUUUCCCCCCGGUGUAUGGUAUGUACGUUAUACCGCCCAAGCCUAGAAGUCUGCCAAAACAGACCCGGAGCGCUUCAUCAGUGCACCACACUGCUUCUCCAACAGUCAGUUCCUCCACAGGUACUGGUCCACCAUGGCUGAACAUGUAGCACCAACCUUGGUGAUACCAUGGCUGAACCUGUAGCACCCACCUUGGUGAUACCAUGGCUGAACAUGUAGCACCCACCUUGGUGAUACCAUGGCUGAACAUGUAGCACCCGCCUUGGUGAUACCAUGGCUGAACAUGUAGCACCCGCCUUGGUGAUACCAUGGCUGAACAUGUAGCACCCACCUUGGUGAUACCAUGGCUGAACAUGUAGCACCCACCUUGGUGAUACCAUGGCUGAACAUGUAGCACCCGCCUUGGUGAUACCAUGGCUGAACAUGUAGCACCCACCUUGGUGAUACCAGUCCCGGAGCCUCUUCUGUCCUUCUCUGGACACAGCAUGCAGUUCUUGAUGUAGUUCUUCCCGACAGAUUAAACAAUAAAUGAUUUGAAUCCAAACAGCCAUAUAAAUAGCUGGCCAAAAAUAUAGACUUUUCAUCCCAAUUCUGCAACUUUUGAGAAGUCAAGACCACAUUUUACAUUUUAGUCAUUUAGCAGACGCUCUUAUUCCCGAGCGACUGACAGUAGUUAGUACAUACGUUUUCAUUCGUACUGGUCCCCACCAUGAGAUGGAAGUGAUCAACCCCCAGAGCAAACACAUAGAAAUAAAUAGUUCCAGAUAUUUCUGCCUAGGCGACCACGGCGCCACAGUGCUAUUUUCCAUUUCUGCUAUGGGGGUUAGUACUGGUACUCUCACACCAGUUAGACUGGCAGGGCAGCCCUCUCUGGAAACCAAGGCUUUAGCUGAAUGCUCUCUGUGUUCUCCAUCUGUGACUGAGUGUGAGGCUACCGCUUUUUUUCUCUAGUCUACUGUGUCUGAUCUGUCUGUAUUCCUUUAGUAAUGUCUCUCUCUCUCUCUCUCUCUACUGUGACUGAUCUGUCUGUAUUCCUUUAGUAAUGUCUCUCUCUCUCUCUCUCUACUGUGACUGAUCUGUCUGUAUUCCUUUAGUAAUGUCUCUCUCUCUCUCUCUCUCUCUCUACUGUGACUGAUCUGGCUGUAUUCCUUUAGUAAUGUCUCUCUCUCUCUCUCUCUACUGUGACUGAUCUGGCUGUAUUCCUUUAGUAAUGUCUCUCUCUCUCUCUCUCUCUCUCUCUACUGUGACUGAUCUGGCUGUAUUCCUUUACUAAUGUCUCUCUCUCUCUCUCUCUCUCUCUCUACUGUGACUGAUCUGGCUGUAUUCCUUUAGUAAUGUCUCUCUCUCUCUCUCUCUCUACUGUGACUGAUCUGGCUGUAUUCCUUUAGUAAUGUCUCUCUCUCUCUCUCUCUCUCUACUGUGACUGAUCUGGCUGUAUUCCUUUAGUAAUGUCUCUCUCUCUCUCUCUCUCUACUGUGACUGAUCUGGCUGUAUUCCUUUAGUAAUGUCUCUCUCUCUCUCUCUCUCUCUCUCUACUGUGACUGAGCUGGCUGUAUUGCUUUAGUAAUGUCUCUCUCUCUUUCACUCUCUUCUCAAUUCAGUUUUUUAUUCAAAAUGCUUUAUGGCAUGACAAAAGUGCAUAUUUGUUUUGGCAUGGAGGCUGUGGGUUAAUACUGCUGCUGUCACACCCAGUGGACUGGCAUCUGGCCUCUCUGGAAGCCAAGGGCUUUGGCUGGCACCAUUCUAUUUAUACGGCUGGCAUCCUCUCUGUCUCUGUCCUCUGCUGUGACCUGGCCUGGGUGUAUUUAAUAGUAAUGUGUUCUCUUUCUCUCUGUCAGUUUGUUUCUGUCCACCUCUACCUACCGCUCAAUGCUUUAUCGGCUUGACAUUCACUUGGACAUGUUGCCAAAUAUACUGUGUAUUCAUGACAUCAUCAUCAACAACAACAACAACAAUAUGAUCAUAUGUAAUAAUCCGAAUCCCUCUCCAGCGGCCCCGGCCCUGCGGACUCCCCUGUCCCUGGCGGGGUCCUACCCUCCCUUUGUUAUGAUGGGUCACCACCAUGAGAUGAACGGAGGUCUGACCAGCCCCGGUGUCUACGCUGGAAUACACAUCUCCCCUCAGAUGAGCGCCGCCGCGUACGGACGGUCACCCAUGGUGAGAUACACACACACGCACACACACGCACACACACACACACACACACACACACGCUGCGGAUUACUGGUGUUCAUAUCUGUCUUGGUGUGGGUUUGUGUGAGUAAUCAAAGAGGUGUUGUUAUGUUGUGCUGUAGGUGUUUACUGUACAUAGUCUCGUGUACAACGUCUCUGGGGCGGCAGGUAGCUUUGGUGGUUAAGAGCGUUGUGCCAGAAACCGAAAGGUCGCUGGUUCUAAUCCCCGAGCCGACUAGGUGAAAAAUCUGUCGAUGUGCCCUUGAGCAAGGCACUUAACCCUAAUUGCUCCUGUAAGUCGCUCUGGAUAAGAGCGUCUGCUAAAUGACUAAAAUGUAAAUGUGUUGCCAAACCUCCUUAAUCAUCUUGUUGGAGAAUUUAGUUUUAGCCAAAACUGUUAGAAUGGGCAGCUGGAUUCCAGCAGCUACACUUUGAUUGGAUGUUACAUUUCAAGAACCUUCCCACCCACAUGCCCGUAGAAGCAUUAUGUUAUGUUCGUCACUGUUUUACCACCAGAUAGGAAACACUUUGCAGAAAAAGGAAGAAAACCUGCAGUAAAAACGGUUUAUCCAGAAGUUGGUUUAUACACAACAUCCAGUUGAUGAAGGCAUUACAACGUCUCUGUUUGAACUCUCUACUGAAGAAAAGAGACAUUAUGAGUGGGCACCUUUGGCGCUCCGCCCAUGCAAGGCAUUUGAUUGGUUUGACGUGUUGCGAGGCGUUACUGAUUUACACAGGGUUUCCACCCAUUUGUACCUACUUUCUACCAUUGACUUCACCAGGCUUUCCAUAUAGGGAAGCCUGGUUCUCGACAAGGCUACUCUGUAUGUUAUGUAAAUAGUAUGUUGUGUAGGUUAUGUCAUGUUGACCCUAUCUUGUUCUGUUACAGGGGUUUGAUUCUCAUCCCCACAUGAGACCAGGUCUUCCUGCCAGUCUCACCUCCAUAUCUGGAGGAAAACCGUAAGUACCCUACACACUCUGGGUUCUGCUCUCUGUCUGUUUUUGUCUGUCUGUCUCUGUCUGUCUCUCUGUCUGUCUCUCUGUGUUUGUAUGGCUGUCUGUCUCUGUCUGUCUGUCUGGCUGUCACUCUCUGUCUGUCUGGCUGUCUCUCUCUCUCUGGCUGUCUGGCUGUCUCUCUCUCUCUCUCUGUCUGUCUGGCUGUCUAUCUCUGUCUGUCUCUCUGUCUGUCUCAGUCUGGCUGGCUGUCUGGCAGUCUCUCCGUCUGGCUGUCUCUCCGUCUGGCUGUCUGUCUCUGUCUGUCUGUCUGGCUGUCACUCUCUCUCUGUCUGUCUGGCUGUCUCUCUGUCUGUCUGGCUGUCUCUCUCUCUCUGUCUGUCUGGCUGUCUCUCUCUCUCUGUCUGUCUGGCUGUCUCUCUCUCUCUGUCUGUCUGGCUGUCUCUCUGUCUCUUUCUGUCUCUCUUUCUCUCUCUCCCUGUCUGUCUCUCUCCCUGUCUAUCUCGCUGUCUGUCUUAGAUGAAGCCCUUCAGUCCUACACUACAUAUCUGUUAGAAUAACAAUCAUCAGGGUCAUGUUCAUUACCGUAACAAAACCUCUUGUAAAGGAAAGCUAAAAUGAGUGUUGGUUAUUGGACAACUGCAGGUAGUCCCUUCCUGUUUCAGUUCGUUUAGUACCAAAUGAACUCUACCCCGCAGUACUAAAGAGAGCCCAUGUCUCAUCUUCCAGAGCCUACUCCUUCCAUGUGAGUGCGGACGGGCAGAUGCAGCCGGUGCCGUUCCCUCCGGACGCCCUGAUAGGCCCGGGGAUCCCCCGGCACGCCCGCCAGAUCAACACGCUGAGCCACGGCGAGGUGGUGUGUGCUGUCACCAUCUCCAACCCCACUAGACACGUCUACACAGGAGGGAAGGGCUGUGUCAAGAUCUGGGAUAUCAGCCAGCCGGGCAGCAAGAGCCCCGUCUCUCAGCUGGACUGUCUGGUGAGGACCUACUACUGCUGUUGUUUACUGUGAUCUAAGGAAUUUGUGUUUGUGUAUGUGAUCCCUGAGUGGGAGUUGAACCCUUGACCUUGACAUGGCUAGUGCCACGCCUUAACCAGCCAAACAGAACCACUUUUCUCUGCUACAGUCUAGAUAUGUUUUACUAUGGUGGAAGGAAUAAAGUUAAUUUUCCUUCAGUCUGUCUGUCUGUCUGUCUGGCUAGAACCUCAGUCCUGAUCCCUUGAGCUGUGGUGUCCAGAGCGUUUAUUGAUUGCGUCUGUUCCCUCUGUCUUCCAGAACAGGGAUAACUACAUCCGCUCCUGUAAGCUGCUCCCCGACGGUCGUACCCUCAUCGUAGGAGGAGAGGCCAGUACUUUAACCAUCUGGGACUUGGCCUCUCAGACGCCUCGUAUCAAGGCUGAGCUGACGUCCUCCGCCCCUGCCUGCUACGCCCUCGCCAUCUCCCCCGACGCCAAGGUCUGCUUCUCCUGCUGCAGCGACGGGAACAUCGCCGUCUGGGACCUGCACAACCAGACUCUCGUCAGGUAG